AUGGCACCAUAUUUACCAUCGAAAGAGCCUGAUAAAUUUGACCGUGUUCAUAAAGUUUUUGGAGUCGAAAAUGUCUACAAGAUUCUGAGUCGUCUUGAAGAAUCUUGGCAAAGUGAAUAUGCUGUGAACGCUCUCUGCUACGAGGCAGAGGCUCGCAUACACGACCCCAUACAUGGUUAUGUUGGUCCGCAAAUGAUUUACAAUAAUAUUCUCAAUAAUUUAAAGAGGGAAAUAGAUUCAGCAAUAAAUGAACUGGCAACCCAGGACCUCGUAGUCCAGUGGUACUACCUCCGGGAGGGGAGGUCGGCUGUUCGACUCGCGGGGAGGGGGAGGCGUGCCCAGGGCCCGUAA